GAUUGCAGGACGUGUGCUUAGGGAGUUGUGUAGGACCUACAGCAGAAGCAGCGAUCCUUAGGGUUGUGCAGGCUCAGGCUGUCUAGAAAGUAUGGUGCUUCUUGAGAAUGACUCGUUUUUGACGGAGUUGACGCGGCUUUUUCAGAAGUGCAGGACAUCUGGAAGUGUUUAUAUCACAUUAAAGAAAUAUGAUGGGAGAACGAAACCAGUGCCUAGGAAAGGUAACCCAGAGAACUUCGAACCCGUGGACAACAAGUGUCUCAUUCGCGCCACAGAUGGAAAAAAGAAAAUUAGCACAGUGGUCAGCAGCAAAGAAGUCAUCAAGUUCCAGAUGGCUUACUCUAAUCUGCUGCGAGCACACAUGGAUGGCCUGAAGAAGAAGGACAAAAAGAGCAAGAGCAAGAAGACCAAAGCCACUCAGUGAGCAGGAGACACUCAGUGGCAGGGUGUGCUGGAAAUGCCACUGCCUGCCCGUGCUUCCCACCUCUACCACCUCCUCCAACCCACAGAGCAGUGAGCGCGACUGAGCAACAAUACUGCUGUGUAGGCUGCCACCCAUGGCGUUACAUUUAUCCUAAUUCCGCUACAUUGAAUACUACACAUGGCAGCGCUCCUUGCCAAUGGAGACUUUGGGAAGAUGUUGAAAUUUAUGCCACCACCAAGAUACAAGAACAUUUUUUUGCCAUUCAGGCUUACUUGAAAUCAUAAGGAGAUUCAUAUAGGGAAGUUAAGAGUACGAUCCGAUCGGCCCAUGUUUUGGAUUUAAGAUGUAGAGAAAAUUGUGGCCCAUGAGUUUUCGGGCAACCGAGUGCAGAAUGUGUCAGAGGAAAUCUGAAUACUACAGACUGUCUUAAGGGUUUCAGUGCGCACAAUAAAUUCUUAUUUGUUUUGGGAUGCUUCGUUCUGGGACUUGUUGGACCUGGUUUAAUUUUCAUGUUAGUGUAGGUCUUCACACCUCCCCAUUCAAGUUUUCACCAGUCUGUUCUUGGAGCUUGAAUGUUAUUCUGUUUUGAAAAUGCAUGUUGAGGUAGAGCAAGAAUGUGGAAGCGGGAAGUUUGAAACAGGACCUGUGUGAACUCAUGGUGUCAAAUAUGCGUUGUGAUUGCCAAUGUCUUCUGUAUUUAACAAAGUGCUAACAGGGAAGACAGGGACAAGACUGUAAUUUGACAAUAUUUACAGACUUUGUGUGAUUUAACCUUUUUUGUUUUUAAUUUGAAAUUCACUUUUAUUGCCAUACUUGAACUUUUAAGUGUGGUGGUUUCCAUGCAAAUGUAUCUGGAAGAUGUUGUAACUGUGAGGAAAAUGUUGGGUGUCUGACUGAAAAUAACACACCAAUGGUUCUGUAAAGGGCAUGGCAUGGGUCCAUUUUGUGUUUGUUUUGGAAACUGAAAGUAGGGGCUGAAUCUGUUGCGUUUUUUUGUUGAGCCUGAAAAUAAAUCAUUCAGUUGAUGAAACAAGCCCUUUAUGUGCCCCUCGUUUAAAGCAUAGUUAACUCUUAUCCUCUUACUGUUGUAUGAAGCAGUGCUUGACAAACUGCUCCCCAGGGGGCAGUGACACAACCCCUGUCAUAAAGGUUAUUCCCAUCUCACCCAGGAAUUGCAGAACCUGACAAUGCAGGACAUAUGUCUUAAAGAUUGAAAACAUACAUUAUUUCAAAUGAGAGUUACACUGAUGCUGCCCUGCUUAUAGAUACAAAAAAUUUUAUACAUGUCUGCUCUUCUCAUGGUAAACGUCUAAUCCAAUAUGUGCUUGUUUUGAACUUGUUUGAACCAUUUUCAUGGUUGUUAUGCCAAUAGAAACCUUAGUGAAUGAGUACUUGGAAAAACUACCACACAUCUGACAGUACAAGGACAUUUAGAAACCAGUUGCACUAAUAUUGACAAAGCUAAUCUCUGUCUAAACUCAUGCUCCGUUAUCAGGUUGCUGGGUGUAAUUAACGAGAAGCUUGAGA